AUGGAAGAAUAUACAGAUUCAGGAGAAGAUAAAAAUGUAUAUAGUGAUGAUGAUAAUGAUUAUUUUACGGCAUCAACACAAAAUAAUAGAACCUCAAAGAAUACUGAUUCCUCUCCUUUGGAUCCAAAAAGAUUAGCAGAAGAAAUGUCAAAAAUUCAACCAAAACAUGAAAAAGAGAAAAAAAAAUUAUUUGAAUCAUAUUAUAAGACAAGAGAAAAUGAAGAAAAUGGUGCUGAUAAUCAUUGUUUUAAAUUUAAUAAAAUAUAUACAGAUUUAAAAUUUGAUUAUAGUGUAUUGGUAUCGGGUUUUGGUAGUAAAAUUCAAUUAAUUGAAACCUUUGUAAAAGAAUUUUGUACUGAUGGUCCUUCACUUCAUUUUAAAGGUUAUUUACCAAAUUUAAGUGUUAGAGAUUUAUUAUAUAAAAUUACUUUUUCAUUAUUUGGUAUUGACAAAAAGAUAGCAUCACCAAUUGCACAUUGUAAUUUUAUAAAGAGUAUAUUUGAAAGUGGUAGUAUGGAUAUUAAUAAAAUGAGACAAACAUUUGGUGGUAGAUUUGAUUAUGGAAUACCUGAUCAUGUUUAUGUUGUAAUUCAUAAUAUUGAUGGAUAUUCAUUAAGAAAUGAAACUAGUCAAUUAACAUUAGCAUUAUUAGCAACUAUACCUCAAGUACAUAUGAUUGCAACAAUAGAUGCAAUAGGUGCACAAUUAUUAUGGGAUAAUAGAAUGUUAUCAAAUUUCAAUUGGACAACUUAUUCAAUGCCAACUUAUCAACCAUAUGAUUUAGAAUUAUCUUAUGAUACAAACACCAAAGGUGGUGGUGGUGGCGGUGGUAUUGGUAGUAAAUCUUCAAGUGGUACCAAUAAGAAUUUACAACCAUCAACAAUUUUAACCGUUUUGAAAAGUUUAACUGAAAUUUCAACAGAUAUAUUCAAAGAAUUAUUAACUUAUCUAAUUAAGAAAAAGAAAAAUAAAAUGGAAUUUAAAAUACUUUUUGAUAUUUGUAGAGACGCAUUUUUAGUUAGUUCUGAAUCUGGUUUAAAAACUCAACUUCGAGAAUUUAUUGAUCAUAAAAUUAUUAUUCAAAAAGAAAUUGGUGAUACAACUUUUUUAAUUAUUCCAAUUGAAACUUCUGUUAUGGAAAUUAUUUUAUCACAAUUAGAAAAUUCAAUAUCAUAA